CUCAGUUCCUCCUGAGGAAAUCACUCCUUUUAUAGUUAACGGAGCGCGCAGCGGCUGUUUUCCGGGUUCACGGUGGCGCGGCAUGUAGAGGAGGCGGCCCGCCGGGAGACACCUGGACGCACCGGAGCCGGACGCAGCGCAUCGAUCCGCACUUAUCGAUCAGCUAUCGGUGAAGCAUGGGGAACCUGAUCAAGGUGUUGACCAGAGACAUCGACAACAACGGAGGAAACUUCUUCCUGGACUUUGAGAACGCUCAGCCCUCCCAGUCGGAGACGGAGGUGUGGGAGAAGGUGAACCAGGUGCUGACGGAGGCUCGGGUCAUCCUGGACGACCUGCAGGCCUACAGAGGAGCUGGAGAGGAGAUCCGACAGGCGAUCCAGAGUCCUGGAGUGGAGGGUGUUCAGGAGAAGGCCUGGUCAGCUGUGGUUCCUCUGGUUGCUAAACUCAAAACCUUCUACGAGUUCUCCCAGAAGCUCGAGUCCAGCCUGCAGUGUCUCCUGGACGUCCUCACCAGCUCCAGCUCGACUCCGACUCAACACCUGGAGCAGAAACAGGCUCUGGCUCGUCAGUUCGCCCACAUCCUUCACUUCACGCUGCGCUUCGAUGAACUCAAGAUGACAAACCCGGCAAUCCAGAAUGACUUCAGCUACUACCGCCGGACCAUCAGCCGCAUGAGAAUCAACAACCUGUCUGCAAACACAGGAAAUGAGGUCAACAACGAGCUGGCCAAUCGGAUGUCUCUGUUUUACGCCAGCGCCACGCCGAUGCUGAAGACGUUAAGCGACGCCACGUCAAAGUUCGUCUCAGAUAAUCCAGACUUGCCGAUUGAGAACACGACGGACUGCCUGAGCACGAUGGCCAGCGUGUGUAAAGUGAUGCUGGAGACGCCUGAGUAUCGCAGUCGGUUCGCCAGUGAGGAGACGGUGUUGUUCUGCCUCCGUGUGAUGGUCGGCGUCAUCAUCCUGUACGACCACGUCCACCCGGCCGGAGCCUUCGUCAAGACGUCCAACAUAGACAUGAAAGGCUGCAUCAGGGUGCUGAAGGAGCAGCCGCCCAGCAGUGUGGAGGGUUUACUCAACGCUCUCAGGUACACGACCAAACAUCUGAACGAUGAGGCUACCUCCAAGCAGAUCAAAAACAUGCUGCAGCCAAAUUAACUCAUUGGAGCUGAAACUGGAACGAUGGACGCAGCGAGACGCAAGUGUUUUGGUCCAAAUUUCGACGGAACUACUGAACAAACCUUUUAGCUAAUAUUUCUUUGUGAUUGUUUUUGUUUUUUUCACUCUCAUUUUUAAAAAAGCUGUUUUUUGUUAUUGUGGUUAAAAAAGAAAAAAGAAAAAAAGAGAAAGAAGUCAAGAACAGAUGGAGUAAAACAUCAGCUCAAGUUGCCUUCAGGUCACGUCAGAUUUACAUGUUUGGGUUAUUCUGCCACCUGGUGGACGGUAAUGGUAGUGCAGGUAACUUUUAUCUCAGGAAAUUUAGUUUGCUUGGAGUUACAAAUUUUCAGAAAACACUGCUAUCAUUCUGCUAGCGCCACCUCUUGGCUCAUUACAGGCACAAUCUGAUGAGUCUGUUACCUGGUUAUAAAUUAGCGACGUCCAUAAAAAAUGACAGCAGAAACAUUGGUGUGAAAACGGGAACAAGUUGCUGAAUGUGACUUAAACUGACGAACUUCGCUGGAUGUUUUUAACGUCAGCAGCAGCUUAGUGUGACUCAGCAGAUUUGGACUGCAGGUAUAUUUUCAAGCACUGACAAAAACUCCAACAUUUUUAGGUAUAAAUUGUUCACGUGGAGUGGAAUCUAUUUGGUCCAAAUGUAGUGAUGUCAGCCACUCUGGCUGAAGAAAAAUUCAGGAUUUUCAAAAAAUUCUAAAAACCGUGAAAGAUAUCAAAACACGGAUUUAGACAAAUAACAUCUAAAGCCUUGUGACCCGUUAAACACUUCAUAUGACGUUUCUACUGUAAAACCUGUUGGAGCUACGGGGUUCAAAGAAGUUUAGGCAGUUGUCAGGCCGACUUCCCAUUCAUUUCAAUGAGUAUUUUUAACACAACUGUACGGCAAAUCGCUAACAAAAGACAGCGCAAAGUUUAUGUUUUAAUGUAUAUUUUGUAUGGGAUUUUUUAAAAAUCUGGUGGACGAGUUAAGUGCCAGAAACUGUGAGAAUAAUUUAUCAUAAGAAUAGGGCCAAGCCUCAGAACUUUAACAAAUGAAUAACGUAGUCGUGCACUUCAUUAUCCAUUGUAGGAGGUGGCGCUGUCUCCAAACGAAGGGUUUUAGAGUUUCAGUCCUGAAAGUGGAGCCUCUGGUGCUGCAGACACGUAUUAAAAUCAGCUUCAUUACAAAAAACGACAAUAACUUCUACGUGUCCUUGUAGUCCGGCUGGUCGAUCUGCUCAAUAGUCUCUGGUGUAACUUUCAUGAAGAGAAAACCAUCAGCUGCCUUCCAGGAUGAAUCCAUUGUUUUUUGCGGCGGGAGGCACAAACUACCUGUGGACACCACAGCUUAGACCUGGUCCAACCUGAUGGAGACUGUUGGGUUGAACUUAUUUAACGUUUACUGGAAAUCAUCAGCGUUGUACUUUCUACUGAGGCUCUAAGUCAGUUUCAUCAUUUCCCCGAGACCACGAGAGUCGACUGGACUCCUCCAUACAUGGAAACAGGCCGAAACCUGUGUCGGUACGAAAUACGUAGAUGUGUUCCACGUGUGCUGUAGACUCCAACAACAUGCCAAAGAAGUCAUCACUGUAGCCGCCUCUUGUUCUGAUGGCCAAAAAGUCCAGUUUGAACUCUGCCAAAAGCAGUUUGUGUAUCGCAACAACCGACAUGCUGGAACAACUGAAACCAGCAGCUAACUCAUCUGUGUUUUAGUCCUCAGAGCUUCUUGCAUUGGAAUCGGUAGAAAGCAACCAGGUUCCACUGAUUAAAUACCAAAUGCCAGCUUUUAUGCUGAUUUAGAAUUCAUGUAGGCUGACAAGGCUGCAGGUAGAAUCACUCAGGGGUCCGUGGAAAGAUUUUUUGUUUCUCUGAGACCAGUCGAUUGGUUGAAGAGUCGGUACGAUUUUCUUUGAUUCGCUGCAGCUUUCCUUCAUGCAGGAAAUGUCUGGUUUGACGAGGAUUUGCACUGUGCCUCACACUUUUCCACUUCCUGUAUGCCACCGAAACAAUUCCUCCAUCACUGUUAUGCGGGGAAACUGUCACUAAAUCCCGGGUAAAAACACCACCUAGUUGGUUUAAAGCAAAUCCACAGCAUUUCCCCCCCAUAGUAGAACGAUAGUAGAUGAAUCCACUGUGGUCUAUGUGAGGCCAACAAGUCACUUAGUCAUCAGGACAAAACCAAAAACUGUUUACAAAAAGACUGUUAGGUUCCACAAACAGGUCGAUUAUCAGUAUUUAGUUUUAAACAUGUGGAACCAAGACAACAUCUGAGGGUGAUUGAUUAAAAUAACCUACUACAUCUUGACAGUUUUCCAUGUUGGCUGCUUGUGUUCUCGGCUGAUCUGUACUUCUGACGUGACGUGAACACAGCUUUGACAAUUUUCAGGCAGAUCUGUUAGUGUCCGUCUGUUUAAAAUGCUCUGGUAAUUCGACAGUCUUACAGAUCUUCAUAUUAACCCGUUUUCCAUCACCUGAAGCCCAGGAGUUCUUCCUCUGGUUCGAUUUAAAUUCCUCGGCUGCAGUUUCUACCUCAGAGAAAAGCCUCUGUGGCCGAAGUUGCACUUUUCAGUUUACCGCUGGAGUCACAGUUUUACAGGAUAAACAACUUUGGUGGGAAUCCUGUAGUAAAAUUAUGGUUUAUUCCACUUUCUUGACACAUUAGAGGUAAUAAUUUUAAGGUUCAUCAUUGUUGGAUCUAUUUCAAAAGCUCUGAAAACCCAGUUUGUCAACUCAUGACUCCAGCAUGCGACCAAAAAUCUGUCAGACUGAGACUAAACAUUUUCAUCCAUCGCGCCGGUGCGCCUGAUAUUCAGCAGAUCUGUUUGUAAAAUCACUGUUUCAGGUAAAUCUACAAGAAGAACACAUCUUUUCACAGUUUUCAAACUCUUUUCUGUCUGAGCUGCAGUAACCGAGGGGAGCCUAGAGGCUUCUCUGAGCAUGGCCAACUUGUAGCUUCUACUGAUGCUUGUGAGACGUUCAGGGCACAUCUGUAAACUGCAGCUUCAGAAAAUCAACCAAAGGAAAAGCAUUAAACGGUUCAGUAGCCAGAUAUGUGGGUUGAACUGAAACAGCUGUUGAACAAAGACAUUUCAAACUGUGUUCUCUCUUAGAAUCUUUUUUAAAGCUCGUUGAAUUCAAGUUAAAGGUGAACUGAGCUGAGCUGGACGGUAGGAAAUCCAUCUGAAACCCGAUCUGUUGGGAGUCAGUCGAUGAAAGAAGCACUGUGAUGAGGACGAUACGGUACAGAUACGAGGAAAACCUCAGACUGAUGUUGGAACACGAUGUGAUUAGACUGGAAGCUUUUCAUUUUGCUCUGUAUGUUAAUGCUGCAGCGUCAGGGAUUGUCUGGCAUUACCUGUUUUAAAUGAUGUCUUUGUCGGCCAAAUAAAGUUUUUACAUUUUUAAGAAAA